AAAGGAGACUUGGAAACCUACGCGGGGUGCAGCAUGGAGUUGUGCUUUACUGCGGUGAUGGGAUUUUCUGCAGAAAGAAAUCAUUUUCCUGAGAAGGGCUUGUAUUUUUCAACCGAACCUUCUCAGUAAUGACUUGGAAAACAGGAUGAUGGUGGUGCUGAAAUUGGCUGUGAGCACUCGCCACGCGUGAACUCCAAGUCACGUGACUACGACCGACAAUUUUGAUACGAUGUCAACUCCUAUAUUCGGAAAUGACGUAUACGGGGAUCGCUCCCUUUAAAAGGCGCUUGCAGUGCCUUUUUUUCAAAAUAGACGAACCUAUCUGUCGACCGUCAGCCGCGUCCAUCGUUUUACGCCGACGAAUUAAAGAAGUGCUUAUUUGAUCACGUGAUCCUCACGAUGAGUUUGCCCGUAAUCUGCUUUAUCUUUAUGGUAAUAACGCUGGACAGUGUCCAAGGGGAACCAUUACUAGGACCUUUCUGCGUAAACCCAUCAACGUUUGACGGAGUAGCGUACGACCCAGAUCGGCAGGUGUGUUGCGAAGGCACCGUCCAUGAUGCCCGCAGUACCACUGGACAGAACUGUUGUGGAAAUCACCUCUUCGACAGCUUAUCGCACAUGUGCUGUGGGCGGGAGGCCAUACCCAUCUACGACAAGAGGCAGUGCUGCGGUGGAAGGGUUGUAUAUAACCCUGAAACUCAGAUGUGCUGCGGGAAUAAUGUGUACAGAAAAUCUGAAGAUUUUAACACGUGCUGCGGCAACUACCCAAUAAACGCGCGUCGAGACACUUGCUGCCAUGUGGUCGGCUCGUCUGGGAUGACGUCUAUGCCGAGUAAAGGCAAAGGUCAAUGCUGCGGCCUUGACUUCACUUUUGAUCCCGAAAUUCAGAUGUGCUGCCUAAGUCAGACCGAAAAUACAACCGUCAGUGAGGUUGUGUCCAAGGGAGAAAACGUUGCCUGCUGCGGUGGUAGGUCUUACAUCACCUUACACCAAAUCUGCUGCGGAGGGAUCGUGUACAACAGAACAUCGGGCAGAACCGAGUGCUGUGGACGCACAACCUACAAUCCCGAUAACGAGCACUGCUGCGCUGGUGCAUUAUUCCCCAUCGGGCACGGGAAAUGCUGUGGCGACCGAGCUUACCAUCCCAGUCGUGCUUCUUGUUGCCUGGGAGUCGUGCAACAUGGGCUACCGGAGGUGGCCGGCCUGCAACGAUGCUGCGGCCCACGGUCUUACUUGGACACAGAGUCAAUCUGCUGCUCUGGGGAACUUCAUCGGAAGACCCAUCACGGCCUGGAAUGCUGCGGCAAGGAUGCAUUCAGUAGCAACACCCAUCUCUGUUGCGCCGGCAACAUCCGACAGAAAGCAGCUUCCAGCGACGCGUGUUGUGGUGGACUCUCCUACAAUCCGAGCACAGAGACGUGCUGCACGAGCACAGACCACGAGACUGGAGGGCAGACAUUCCCCCUUGCCGGCGGGCGAUGCUGCUAUACCGGGCACGGUGGCAUUGUCGCCUACGAUCCAAGCAAAGCUACUUGUUGCGCAGGCAACGGAAACGAAGUCUUCUACCCAGAUGUACCAGCGAACACUAGCGUGUGUUGCGGUGAGUACCUCCUGCGCCAGGACACACACCUUUGCGACGCUAUGUCAGGUCACCCAGUUCGGAAGACGUCCCUCGCUGACGAUCGGGUCUGCAGCAAUAGAAACUGGCGUCGCUCCCAGACUUUCAACUCCAUCACUCAAAUAUGUCAUCGGGGGAGAAUCCGGUCCAAGAAUCGCGUCAAUAACCUGAGUGGAUGUGGGCCUUACACACUGGACCCGGACUCCGAGAUCUGCUGCAUGGGUAGGAUCCACCCAAACAGGGACAGGCACGGCAACCCGCGUUUCUGCUGCCGCUACAGCACGCAUUCUUACGUGCCACAGCGCCAGACGUGCUGCAGCGGCCGAGUGGACAACAUUCCGGAACAGACGUCCAAAUGUUGCCGAAAUAAAGCGUACGACAAUGCAACACACACCUGUGACAGGAAUGGAAUGGUCCGGCAAACUUCUGAGAUGGUCCUUUUCCCACUGUUGUGCGGAAGCAAGCCGUUUCAUCCCUCAGAGCACGAGUGCUGUGGGGAGGUCCUGAUUGGGCGUGGCCAGACUUGCUGCCGGGGGCAUGUGUACGAGACGGGCGACAGUCCGCUGGGGGAGGGGCAGUGUUGCAACGGGAUCAGAGGCUACAACCCUUAUCGUGACAUCUGCUGUGGGGGCGUUGUACAUGAAAAUAUUAAACAAGGGACACUUUGUUGUGGCUCCGAUUCGUGGGAUCCGCACGAAUCCCACGAGAUCUGCUGCGAAGGAAGACUCCAAUCGUCAUCGGGGGGUUUUCGGAGGAGUUGCAGCGGAGGGACAGCGUACAACGCUUUGACAGAGACCGUGUGCAACGGAGUAGUCCACCCACGACCAAAUAGUAACUGUUGUGGGAAGUUCGUGUACGACGACAGCACGGAAAUUUGCUGCGGAGGAAAUGUAUAUUCUAAGGAAACAUCACACACUAGGUGCUGCGGUGCAGUGGCUUACAACCCCUCAGAUCGUCAGCUAAGAUGCUGCGAUGGCAGCCUCCACAGUGAUGCCAGUGACUCCCGUUGCUGUGGCAACCAGCUCUUCAGCCCUAGCAGCCAGCACUGCUGUUUCGACAUGAAGCAAAAUGCCACGUACAUCUUGAGCGCUGCCGGGUACAGGAACUGUCACAGCCUGCAUCUUGACGGCAGCGCGAUGCAUGUUUACUGCAGGGGGCGAACGCACGCCGCAUCGCCGAACGGCGAGUGUUGCGGUGAUGCGUACAUUCCAGACAACCAGACUCAGAUGUGUUGCCAUGGCAACAUUGUAUCGAGACAAUUUGGACAAAACUCUAUGUGCUGUAACGGUACUGUUGUCGAUUCCACAGUAACAGAAUGCUAACCUUGCCGAUUUGGGGGUCUUAUAUUUUGAGGGGAGGGUCCAAAUAGUGGCAAAAAUUAGUGCCGACUCCCUCCGUCAGAGGAGUCGGUAUCAAAAGGCUCGAUUUCAAAGGAGUCGACAUCAAAGACGUCGCUAUCAAAAAGGACCACACAACGUAUACCUUUUGGAAACCUACGCUGCCGAUGCUAUAGCUGAUUUCUCAUGUACAGAGAUUUUAUUCAAAACAACAACAUAUCUCACAGGUCUUUGUGCCACUUUUGAGAACUGAUCAACAUGGAUGUAUGAAUUUUUCCAAUUUUUCAGGCGACGGGGAUGUGUUCCUUUAAACGCUUAUAUCACUUUAUUUAAAGAAAUAAAUAUUUUUAUUAAAACAACAUUCGACGUAAGGUUUGUUUAAAAAUCUGCCUUUUACAAAAGUUUUACAUUAAAGUCUGUGACCAUCACCGUUUGCCUGUGACAAAGAAGAAGAUACUUAUGUUAUCAGCAUUAACCUUAAUUUGCAGUCGCUUGCUCUUUGUGUAAACAAUUAAGAUCAAAAGUCAUUUCUAAUCAUCAUGCAUGACUGCAAAGAAUUUUGAAUUUAAUUUAGUGGUAUAUAUUGUCAUAUUUUGUAAAUUACUCCCAAUUUGUAGCUUAAACAGUAUCUCAGUCCUGAGUGAAUUGUCAUGUCCCUGUCCGUGUGAAGUAGUCUCACGAAUCUUGUCUUGUUCAAGGAAAAUGCACAAAAUCUCUCGGCUUCACCAAUUUCUUUUGAUGUUGACAUCGUUUUACGGCCAACUAUGCGUGUUUUGAUUUCAAAACGUGCCGUGUUGAUGUAUAUGUAAAUUUUAUCUUAAGAGUUGUUUCUUGAGCUGUUUUUGACGAUGGUGAUCGAUGUGAAAUAAAUGUUUGCUUAGGUCUUACUUUGGGGUUUAAGAUUGCGAUUUUGAAUAAAUGCAUUGCUUUUACCACCGUGUUGCUCUAUAAAAAUGAGGUCACGUGCUGAAACACUGUUUACAGGUGAAGUUAUGAUCUUUUUUUGACGGUCAUACAUACUUGCAUGAAGUCAUUUUGUCAUUUCAUGCGAUGAAGUUCAUGUUGGUAGCGAUUUAUUUCACAGGAAGUAUAUUCACUGGAUUUCUCAUUUGGGACCUCGCUGCGAAAAUUAUGUGCGCUGUGGUAACAUAUAUUCCACUUUGCACGCAUCACUUAGAAAGGAAAUCGCCACUGAUUGACGAAGUUGUAACCUGAGUGGGAACCACUUGGCAAGCUUACUGGAGAGUGCUUGCCAACCCCUCAAUUCAAUAAAGGCAUUCCAACGAAGCUGACUCAGUCCAUUCAUGACUGCAUGCUAUUUCAUCAUAGGGAAUUCCCCACCUGUUUA